UUCAUGCAGAACAGUGAAGGAGGAACAAGUCUUUGUCUAGAAACAGAAAGAGAGAUUAAACAUUCACUGAAGGACACAGAAAUGGCGCAGCAAACUUUUCUGGAUAAAGAGAAGCUGAUCUGUUCGAUCUGUUUGGAUCUGCAGAAGGAUCCGGUCACUAUUCCUUGUGGUCACAGUUACUGUCUGGAAUGUAUCCAGAACUUCUGGGGAGAGGAACAAAAAGCUCUCAGCUGUCCUCAGUGCAGACAAAGCUUCACUUCAAGGCCUGUCCUGGUAAGAAACACUAUUUUAGCAGAGUUGGUGGAGGACGCAAGAAAAGCAGAGCUUCAACCGUCUUCAUCUGAGCGUUCUCUAACUGGACCAGAACAUGUCGACUGUGAUUUCUGUGAAGGAAAGAAGCUGAAAGCUGCCAUGUCUUGUCUGACCUGUUUGGCUUCUUACUGUGAGCAGCACCUCCAGCCCCAUUUUAGGGUUGCUGGGUUAAAGAAGCACAAGCUGGUCAAAGCCACUCUAAAGCUUCAGGAGAACAUCUGUCCUUGUCACAAUGAGGAAAUCAAGAUCUUCUGCCGCACUGAUCAAAAGUGUAUUUGUAUUCUCUGCUCCAUGGAUGAACACAAAGGUCAUGACAUGGUGUCUGCUGCAGCAGAAAGGGCUGAAAGACAGACAAAGCUGGGACUGGAUCGACAAAAAGUCCAAGAGAGAAUCCUCAAGUUAGAAGAAGAUUUAGAAGAGCUUCAGCAGACGGUGGAGACCAUCAAUCUGUCUGCUGAGAAAAGCAUCAAAGAAAGUCAGAACGUCUUCAAAGGUUUGAUCCGUCUCUUGGAGCAAAAAUGCUCAGAAGUGGAGCAGAAGGUCAAAUCCUAUCAGAUGGAGGAAGUGAGGAAAGUGGAAGAACUCCAGGAGAAGAUGCAGCAGGAGAUCACCAAACUGAGGAAAACAGAGGCUGAGCUGGACCAGCUCUCAUCUACAGAAGAUCAUCUCCAUUUUCUCAACAACUACUCCUCCCUGUCAGAUCUGAGUGUCUGUACAGACUUAGCCAGCUUUCAACAAGCUCAGCACUGCUUUGAUGAUGCUCUCAAAGCUGUGUCUGAGGCCACAGAGAAGCUGGAGGAGACUCUCAGAGACCAGACCACAAAGAUUUCACACACACUGGAUGUUAUUCUGUUUGAAGACUUCAGAUCCAGAGAGGACUUCAUGAAGUACUAUCAUCAGAUCACACUGGAUCCAAACACAGCAAACACACGUCUAUCUCUGAGUGAACAGAACAGAACAGCAACAUGGACAAAAGUAGAGCAGAAAUAUUCAAAUCAUCCAGACAGGUUUGUUGAAAGGUGGCAGGUUCUGAGUGCAGAAGGUCUGACUGGACGUUGUUACUGGGAGGUGGAGUGGAGCGGGGAGGUUUUUGUGUCAGUUGCAUACAAAGAUAUCAGUCGUACAGGAACCUGUGAUGAAUGUGGGUUUGGAUAUAAUAAUAAAUCCUGGGCAUUGAGGUGUUCAUCCACUGGAUAUAAAUUUUACCACAACAAGAUCAGUGUUUCUAUUUCAGCUCCUCAAUCCUCCAGAGUUGGAGUUUAUUUAAAUCACAGAGCAGGAACUUUGUCUUUCUACAGCGUUUCUGACUCCAUGACUCUCAUACACAAAGUCCAGACCACAUUCACUCAGCCUCUGUAUGCUGGAUUUGGGUUUUCAUCAAAUAAUGAAGGCAAAAUCAGGUCUGUGUCUGAGGCCACAGAGAAGCUGGAGGAGACUCUCAGAGAGCAGAUUUCAGACAUACUGGAUGUUUUUCUGCCUGAAGACUUCAGAUCCAGAGAGGACUUCAUGAAGUACUAUCAUCAGAUCACACUGGAUCCAAACACAGCAAACAAAUAUCUAUCUCUGAGUGAACAGAACAGAACAGCAACAUGGACAUUUGUAGAGCAGAAAUAUUCAAAUCAUCCAGACAGGUUUGUUCAAUUGUAUCAGGUUAUGAGUACAGAAGGUCUGACUGGACGUUGUUACUGGGAGGUGGAGUGGAGCGGGGGGGUUUAUGUGUCAGUUGCAUACAAAGAUAUCAGUCGUACAGGAACCGUUGAUGAAUGUGUGUUUGGAUUUAAUGAUAAAUCCUGGUCAUUAGAAUGUUCAUUCACUGGAUAUGAAUUUUACCACAACAAGAUCAGUGUUUCUAUUUCAGCUCCUCAAUCCUCCAGAGUUGGAGUUUAUUUAAAUCACAGAGCAGGAACUUUGUCUUUCUACAGCGUUUCUGACUCCAUGACUCUCAUACACAAAGUCCAGACCACAUUCACUCAGCCUCUGUAUGCUGGAUUCAGGAUUUGGUCUGGAGGAAUGAUCAGGUUGUUGGAUUGAAGUAAAAAUCAGUCACUGAUCUGUGAGGCUCAAUGAUGAAAUAUAUCUGCAGUGUA